GAGGGUGGGGACUGGCGCGGGUACAAAACGGGAUGCCUCAGACAUCGGGGCCGGCUUUCCGCCUCUAGGGGCCAGCGGAGGUGCUGAGCAAGACCCACGUUCGCAAGUACAGUAACUGCCUGUGCCGGCUGCGACUUGCGCCCACCUCCCGGGGAAGGAACGGCGAGGCCGGGGGCUGUCUCCGGAAUGGAGCGCGGAGCAGCGGCAGCUGCAUGGAUACUGCUGUUGGCGGUCGCUGCCUGCCCAGAGGCAGUUAGUGGCCAAGCAUGUGGCAGUGGGAGUUUUCGCUGUGACAAUGGGUAUUGCAUCCCUGCAUCCUGGAGGUGUGAUGGGACCAGAGACUGUCUGGAUGACUCAGAUGAAAUUGGCUGUGCUCCCCGUUCCUGCAGAUCAGGUUUUUUCCUGUGUCCGACUGAAGGGACCUGCAUCCCUCACUCCUGGGUGUGCGACCAGGAUAAGGACUGUUCGGAUGGCGCGGAUGAACAUCAAAACUGCCCUGGGGCCACAUGCUCAAGUCAGCAGCUGACAUGCUCCAACGGUCAGUGUAUUCCAAUGGAGUACAGGUGCGACCACGUCAGCGACUGCUCUGAUGGCUCUGAUGAGAGAAACUGCCACUAUCCAACAUGUGCUCAGCUUACUUGUGCCAAUGGAGCCUGUUAUAACACGAGUCAGAGGUGUGACCAGAAGGUUGACUGCAGGGACUCCUCUGAUGAAGCUAACUGCACUGCACAGUGUUCGAGCAAAGAAUUUGAAUGUGGCAGUGGAGAGUGUAUCCUUCGUGCCUUUGUCUGUGACCAUGACAAUGACUGUCAAGACAACAGCGAUGAACACAAUUGCAAAUAUGACACCUGUGGAGGCCACCAGUUCACUUGCUCCAAUGGCCAGUGCAUUAGUCAGAACUGGGUUUGUGAUGGAGAUGAUGACUGCCAGGAUUCUGGUGAUGAAGAAGGAUGUGAAAGUAGCCAACAUCAUCAUACAUGUUACCCAAGAGAAUGGGCUUGCCCAGGGUCUGGACGAUGCAUCUCAAUUGACAAAGUUUGCGAUGGAGUUCCAGACUGUCCAGAAGGAGAAGAUGAAAACAACGCCACGAGUGGAAGACACUGUGGCACGAGCAUCUGCUCUAUCUUAAACUGUGAGUAUCAAUGCCACCAGACGCCAUUUGGGGGAGAAUGCUUCUGCCCCCCAACUCAUAUCAUCAACACCAAUGACAGCCGGACUUGCAUUGAUUUCGACGACUGCCAGAUAUGGGGGAUUUGUGACCAGAAGUGUGAAAACCGGCAAGGCCAUCACCAGUGCCUCUGCGAGGAAGGCUACAUCUUGGAGCGCGGGCAGCACUGCAAAUCCAACGACUCCUUCAGCGCGGCCUCCAUUAUCUUCUCCAAUGGUCGGGAUUUGCUGCUUGGAGAUCUUCAUGGAAGAAGCUUCCGGAUUCUAGCAGAGUCUAAAAACCGAGGCGUAGCAAUGGGAGUGGAUUUUCACUAUCAGAAGCACAGAGUUUUUUGGACAGACUCCAUACAAGGAAAGGUUUUUUCCACUGACAUUAGUGGCUUAAAUACCCAAGAAAUUCUUAAUGUUUCUGUUGAUGCUCCAGAGAAUCUGGCUGUGGAUUGGAUUAAUAAUAAACUCUAUCUGGUAGAGACAAAGGUCAACCGUAUUGAUGUGGUCAACUUGGAUGGAAGUCAGCGUGUUACUCUCAUAACUGAAGACUUGGGGCAUCCUAGGGGAAUUGCCCUAGACCCAACUGUGGGCUAUUUGUUUUUCACGGACUGGGAAAGCCUUUCUGGGCAACCCAAAGUGGAACGAGCCUUCAUGGAUGGCAGCAACCGGAAAGACCUGGUAAAGACAAAACUGGGAUGGCCUGCUGGGGUCACUCUGGAUCUGGUGUCCAAGAGAGUUUACUGGGUGGACUCUCGUUAUGACUACAUUGAAACUGUAACAUAUGAUGGAAUUCGAAGGAAGACAGUAGCUCAUGGAGGCUCCCUCAUCCCCCAUCCCUUUGGAAUAAGCUUGUUUGAGGAACAUGUGUUCUUUACUGAUUGGACAAAGUUGGCUGUGAUGAAAGCAAAUAAGUUCACAGAAAGCAAUCCUCAAGUGUACCACCAGUCUUCCCCGAGGCCUUAUGGAGUGACAGUUUACCAUGCUCUCAGGCAGCCCAAUGCCAGCAAUCCAUGUGGAAGUAACAAUGGAGGCUGUGAACAGGUCUGUGUCCUCAGUCACAGGACGGAUAAUGGCGGCCUGGGCUUCCGCUGCAAGUGUGAAUUCGGCUUUGAACUGGACACCGAUGAGCGCCAUUGUGUGGCUGUUAAGAACUUCUUGCUCUUCUCAUCGCGAACGGCCGUGCGUGGGAUCCCGUUCACCCUCUCCACUCAGGAAGAUGUCAUGGUUCCUGUCACAGGAAGUCCUUCCUUCUUUGUUGGAAUUGAUUUUGAUGCCCAACACAGCACCAUCUUCUUCUCAGAUUUAUCAAAAGACAUAAUUUAUAAACAAAAAAUCGAUGGCACAGGAAAGGAAGUUGUCACAGCAAACAGGUUGGAAAAUGUUGAGUGUUUGACUUUUGACUGGCUUUCAAGGAAUCUCUACUGGACAGAUGGAGGGCUAAAGAGUGUCAGUGUCAUGAGGCUGGCUGACAAGUCCCGACGACAGAUAAUCAGCAACUUGAACAAUCCGAGGUCCAUUGUAGUACAUCCUACUGCUGGGUAUAUAUUCAUCAGUGAUUGGUAUCGUCCUGCUAAAAUUAUGAGAGCGUGGAGUGAUGGGUCUCACCUAACGCCUAUAGUCAACACUACUCUAGGGUGGCCCAAUGGCCUGGCCAUCGACUGGAGUGCUUCACGAUUGUACUGGGUAGAUGCCUUUUUUGAUAAAAUUGAGCACAGCACCUUUAAUGGUUUAGAUAGGAAAAGACUGGGCCGUAUAGAUCAGAUGACACAUCCAUAUGGACUCACCAUUUUUAAAGAUCAUGUGUUUUUAACAGACUGGAGACUGGGUGCUAUUCUUCGAGUCAAGAAGUCUGAUGGUGGUGAUCUGACAGUUAUUCGAAGUGGCAUUGACAAUAUAAUGGAUGUGAAAGCAUAUGAUGCUAACCUCCAGACUGGCACUAACUACUGCAGUCAGCCCACCCAUUCCAAUGGCGACUGCAGCCACUUCUGCUUCCCAGUUCCAAACUCCCAGCGGAUAUGUGGUUGCCCCUAUGGCAUGAAACUUCAGAGGGAUCAAAUGACAUGUGAGGGGGACCCAGCCAAUGAGCCACCCACACAGCAGUGUGGCUCCUUCUCUUUCGCCUGCAACAAUGGCAAGUGUGUGCCCAAUUUAUUCCGCUGUGAUGGAGAGGAUGAUUGUCAUGACAACAGUGAUGAACAUCAGUGUGGUGCAUUUAACAAUUCCUGUUCGCCUUCGGCUUUCACCUGUGUCCACGGUGGGCAGUGCAUCCCCAGCCAGUGGCGCUGUGACAAACAGAAUGACUGCUUAGAUGGCAGUGAUGAGCAAAACUGCCCCACGAGUUCACCUUCAAGCUGCCCAUCCACCUCCUUUACCUGUGACAAUCACAUGUGUAUCCCAAAAAACUGGGUCUGUGACACAGACAAUGAUUGCUCAGACGGAUCAGACGAAAAGAACUGCCAUGCUUCAGCGACCUGCCACCCUACGCAGUUUCAAUGCCCUAACCACCGGUGUAUCAGCCCGUUUUAUGUCUGUGAUGGGGACAAGGACUGUGUUGAUGGAUCUGAUGAGGCAGGUUGUGUGUUAAACUGCACGAGUUCUCAAUUCAAAUGCGCUGAUGGGAGUUCUUGCAUUAACAGCAGAUACCGCUGUGAUGGGGUUUAUGACUGCAAGGACAACUCUGAUGAGACAGGCUGUCCAACAAGGCCUCCUGGUAUGUGCCACCCAGAUGAGUUUCAGUGCCAGGGAGAUGGCCUCUGUAUCCCUAACACCUGGGAGUGUGACAGACAUCCAGACUGCAUCGAUGGGUCUGAUGAGCACAACGGCUGUGUUCCUGAGACCUGCUCUCCAUCUCAUUUUCUCUGUGACAAUGGAAACUGCAUCCACAAAGCAUGGGUCUGUGAUGGGGACAAUGACUGCAGGGACAUGAGUGAUGAGAAGGACUGCCCCACACAGCCUUUUCAGUGUCCCAGUUGGCAGUGGCAGUGCCCGGGCUACAGCACCUGUGUCAAUCUGAAUGCUCUCUGCGAUGGCAACUUUGACUGCCCGAAUGGGACUGAUGAGUCCCCACUUUGCAAUCAAGACAGCUGCUCACAUUUUAAUGGUGGCUGUACUCACCAGUGUAUCCAAGGGCCCUUUGGAGCCACAUGCAUCUGUCCAUCAGGAUACCAACUUGCCAAUGAUACCAAGACCUGUGAAGAUAUAAAUGAGUGUGAUACUCCAGGAUUUUGUAGCCAGCAGUGCAUCAACAUGAGAGGUUCUUUCCGGUGUGCUUGUGAUGCAGAGUAUACAUUGGAAAGUGAUGGGCGGACUUGCAAAGUCACAGCAUCUGAAAGUCUGUUGUUAGCUGUAGCAAGCCGUGACAAAAUCAUUGUGGAUAACAUCACUGCCCACGUGCACAACAUCUAUUCGCUGGUUCAGGAUGUCUCUUACGUGGUUGCUCUUGAUUUUGAUUCGGUCACCGGUCGUAUCUUUUGGUCUGACUUGUGGCAGGGUAAAACCUGGAGUGCCUUUCAAAAUGGAACAGACAAGAGAGUGGUACACGACAGUGGCCUCUCUGUUACAGAAAUGAUAGCAGUGGAUUGGAUAGGUCGCAACCUUUACUGGACGGAUUACACUCUUGGAACAAUUGAAGUUUCUAAGAUUGAUGGCAGCCACAGGACAGUACUGCUUAGCAAAAAUGUUACAAAGCCUAGAGGACUGGCAGUAGAUCCCAGAAUGGGUGACAAUCUAAUGUUCUGGUCUGACUGGGGCCGCUAUCCUCGCAUUGAGCGAGCUAGCAUGGAUGGUGCCAUGCGCACAGUCAUUGUCCAGGAAAAGAUCUACUGGCCCUGUGGCUUAAGUAUUGACUACCCCAACCGACUCAUCUACUUCAUGGAUGCCUAUCUCGAUUACAUUGAAUUCUGUGAUUACAAUGGACACAAUAGAAGGCAGGUCAUUGCUAGUGAUCUGGUUCUCCACCAUCCUCAUGCCAUGACUCUGUUUGAAGACUCUAUGUACUGGACUGACCGUGGUACUAGUCAGGUUAUGCAGGCCAACAAGUGGCAUGGGGGGAACCAGUCUAUUGUAAUGUAUAGUGUUCACCAGCCUCUUGGGAUUGUUGCCAUCCAUCCUUCAAGACAGCCAUCUUCCCCAAAUCCGUGUGCCUCUGCCUCCUGCAGCCAUCUUUGCCUGCUUUCUGCACAGGGGCCUAGACAUUACUCUUGUGCUUGUCCUUCAGGAUGGAACCUGUCGGCUGAUUCUGUCAACUGUGUGAGAGGUGACCAACCUUUCUUGAUGUCUGUAAGAGAAAACAUAAUAUUUGGAAUCUCCCUUGAUCCUGAGGUUAAGAGCAAUGACGCAAUGGUCCCUGUUCCAGGCAUACAUAAUGGUUAUGAUGUUGAGUUUGAUGACUCAGAGCAAUUCAUCUAUUGGGUUGAGAAUCCGGGUGAAAUUCACAGAGUGAAGACUGACGGCAGCAACCGGACUGUGUUUGCUCCUCUGUCUCUGCUGGGGUCUUCCUUGGGCCUGGCCUUAGACUGGGUGUCAAGAAACAUUUAUUACACCACCCCUGCAAGUCGGUCCAUUGAGGUGUUGACACUCCAGGGAGAUGUGCGGUAUGGAAAAACACUGAUCACCAAUGACGGCACCUCUCUUGGCGCCGGUUUCCCGGUUGGCAUAGCUGUUGAUCCUGCACGUGGGAAACUGUAUUGGUCAGACCAAGGGACGGACAGUGGGGUUCCUGCCAAGAUCGCAAGCGCUAACAUGGAUGGAACAUCUUUGAAGAUUCUCUUCACUGGGAACAUGCAACAUCUGGAGGUUGUCACGCUGGACAUCCAGGAGCAGAGGCUCUACUGGGCAGUCACCAGCAGAGGCGUGAUUGAAAGAGGAAAUGUGGACGGUACAGAGCGGAUGAUUCUGGUGCACCACCUGGCCCACCCGUGGGGCCUCGCAGUCCAUGGCUCCUUCCUCUAUUAUUCUGAUGAACGGUAUGAGGUCAUCGAAAGAGUUGACAAGUCCUCUGGGAACAACAAAGUAGUCUUGAGAGAUAACAUUCCGAACUUGAGGGGUCUUCGGGUUUAUCACCGACGCAAUGCUGCGGACUCCUCCAAUGGCUGUAGCAACAACCCAAAUGCCUGCCAGCAGAUCUGCCUGCCCACGCCAGGGGGGAUGUUCUCCUGUGCCUGUGCCACCGGGUUUAAGCUCAGCCCUGACCAACACUCCUGUUCUCCAUACAACUCUUUCCUUGUCGUCUCCAUGCUGCCUGCGAUCAGAGGCUUUAGCCUGGAGUUGUCUGAUCACUCAGAGGCCAUGGUACCAGUGGCUGGCCAAGGACGAAAUGUUCUGCAUGCAGAUGUGGAUGUUGCCUCUGGCUUUAUUUACUGGUGUGAUUUUGGCAACUCUGCGAGAUCCUCUAAUGCAAUUCGUAGAAUCAAACCCAAUGGAUCUAAUUUUACCAACGUCGUCACCUACGGCAUAGGGACAAAUGGAAUCCGGGGCAUUGCAGUGGAUUGGGCAGCAGGAAACCUUUAUUUUACCAAUGCCUUUGUGUAUGAAACACUGAUAGAAGUACAACGGAUCAAUACUACAUACCGCCGUGUUCUCCUCAGAGUCUCAGUGGAUAUGCCUAGGCAUAUUGUUGUUGACCCCAAGAACAGAUACCUCUUCUGGGCUGACUAUGGGCAGAAUCCAAAGAUCGAACGCUCUUUCCUUGACUGUACCAAUCGGACUGUCCUUGUUUCUGAAGGCAUCGUCACACCUAGGGGCUUGGCAGUAGACCACAGCACUGGCUAUAUUUAUUGGGUCGACGAUUCCUUAGAUAUAAUUGCCAGGAUCCAUCUCAACGGAGGAGAAUCUCAAGUCAUUCGUUAUGGCAGUCGAUAUCCAACUCCUUAUGGCAUCACUGUUUUUGGAGAGUCUAUUAUAUGGGUGGAUAGGAAUUUGAAGAAAGUCUUCCAAGCUAGCAAGCAGCCGGGGAAUACAGAUCCACCAACAGUGAUAAGAGACAAUAUCAACUACCUACGUGAUGUCACCAUCUUCGAUGAGCGUGCCCAACCCCUCUCACCAGCAGAGCUCAACAACAACCCUUGUUUGCAAAGUAACGGAGGCUGUUCCCACUUCUGUUUUGCUUUACCUGAGUUGCCUGUUCCCAAGUGUGGAUGUGCCUUUGGGGCUCUGGAAAGUGAUGGCAAGAGCUGCUCUACUUCAAGAGACGAUUUCCUCAUCUAUGCCCUGAAUAAUUCCUUGAGAAGUUUACACUUUGACCCUGCAGACCAUAGCCCACCUUUCCAGGAAAUAAAUGUGCAACGAACUGCCAUUGCUCUGGAUUAUGACCGCAGAAAUAAUAGGAUCUUCUUCACACAAAAGUUAAACUCUAUCCGAGGCCAGAUCUCCUAUGUCAGCCUGUAUUCAGGGACCAGCUCUCCAACUGUCCUGCUUUCAAAUAUAGGGAUUACUGAUGGCAUUGCCUUUGACUGGAUAAAUAGAAGGAUUUAUUACAGUGACUUUUCAAAUCAGACAAUAAAUUCCAUGGCCGAAGACGGAUCUAAGCGUGCUGUGAUAGCCCGUGUUCCCAAACCAAGAGCCAUUGUUUUAGAUCCCUGCCGAGGGUACAUGUAUUGGACUGACUGGGGCACUAAUGCCAAAAUUGAGAGAGCCACAUUGGGAGGAAACUUCCGGGUCCCCAUUGUGAACACCAGCCUGGUUUGGCCCAAUGGACUCACUUUGGACCUUGAGACCGACCUUCUCUACUGGGCAGACGCUAGCCUGCAGAAAAUAGAGCGUUGUACUCUCACAGGCGCAAACCGAGAAGUCGUGGUCAGCACAGCCUUUCAUUCCUUUGGCUUGACUGUCUAUGGCCAGUACAUUUACUGGACAGACUUCUUCACUAAAAAAAUCUACCGUGCUAACAAGUACGAUGGGUCAGAUCUCAUUGCAAUGACCACUCGUUUGCCCGUCCAGCCUAGCGGCAUUUCCACAGUUAUCAAAAACCAGCAGCAGCAGUGUAGCAAUCCUUGUGAUCAGUUUAAUGGAGGUUGCAGCCAUAUCUGUGCACCAGGUCCAAAUGGAGCCGAGUGUCAGUGUCCACAUGACGGUAACUGGUACCUGGCCAAUGAUAACAAGUACUGCAUCGUGGACACCGGGACCCGGUGUAGUCAAUUCCAGUUCACCUGCCUCAACGGGCGCUGCAUCACUGAGGACUGGAAGUGUGAUAACGACAAUGACUGUGGUGAUGGCAGUGAUGAGCUCCCUUCAGUCUGUGCCUUUCACACGUGCCGAUCAACAGCCUUCACUUGUGCCAAUGGGAAAUGUGUCCCGUACCACUAUCGCUGUGAUUACUACAAUGACUGUGGUGACAACAGCGAUGAGGAAGGGUGCCUUUUCAGAAACUGCAACAGCUCCACAGAGUUCAUGUGCAGCAAUGGGAGAUGCAUCCCCCUCAGUUUUGUCUGCAACGGCAUAAACAAUUGCCAUGACAAUGACACCUCAGAUGAGAAAAACUGCCCUCCCCGCACUUGCUACCCUGGGUUCUCCAAAUGCCAGACUACAAAUAUUUGUGUUCCCCGAAUUUUCUUGUGUGAUGGCGACAAUGACUGUGGAGAUAUGAGUGACGAGAACCCCAUUUACUGUGCUUCACACACUUGCCAGAGCAACGAGUUCCAGUGCGUUUCCCCUCAGCGCUGCAUUCCCAACUUCUGGUACUGUGACGGUGAGGCCGACUGUGGGGACAGCUCCGACGAACCUGCCACUUGUGGGCAUUCUGUGAACACCUGCCCAGCUGCUGAUUUCCAGUGUGAUAAUGGCAGAUGUGUCUCAAAUAGUUGGAUCUGUGAUGGUGAUAACGACUGUGGGGACAUGAGCGAUGAGGAUCAGCGGCAUCACUGUGAGCUUAAGAACUGCACUAGUUCUCAGUUUACCUGUGUAAAUGACAGGCCUCCAAGGAGAAGAUGCAUCCCACAGCUCUGGGUCUGUGACGGCGACCCAGACUGUGCAGAUGCCCUCGACGAGCUGCAGAAUUGUCCCACGAGGACGUGCUCUGCAGGAGACUUCAGCUGUGCCAAUGGACGGUGUAUCAUGCAAACAUUCAGGUGUGAUCGGCACAAUGACUGUGGGGACUACAGUGACGAAAGGGGAUGUUCAUACCCACCCUGCGGUGCAGACGAGUUUACCUGUCAGAAUGGGCGAUGCAUCACGAACAAGUUUGUCUGUGAUGGGGACAAUGACUGUGGGGACGGGUCAGAUGAACAGGAUCAUCUAUGCCACACCCCAGAACCCACAUGCCCUCCUCAUCAGUUCCGGUGUGACAAUGGGCACUGCAUUGAGAUGCGGGAUGUCUGUAACCAUGUGGAUGACUGUUUGGACAACAGUGAUGAGAAAGGCUGUGGCAUUAAUGAGUGCCAGGAUUCUUCAAUCAGUCGCUGUGACCACAACUGCACUGACACCAUCACCAGUUUCUACUGUUCCUGUCUCCCUGGGUACAAGCUCAUGUCGGACAAACGCACUUGCGUGGAUGUUGAUGAAUGCCAGGAGUCACCCCAGCUCUGUAGCCAGAAGUGUGAGAACAUAGUAGGUUCCUAUAUUUGCAAGUGUGCCGCCGGCUACAUCCGCGAGCCAGAUGGGAAGACCUGCCGGCAGAAUAGUAACAUCGAGCCCUAUCUCAUCUUUAGCAACCGUUACUAUCUAAGAAACUUAACUACCGAUGGCACGUCUUACUCCCUGAUUUUGCAAGGAUUGAGCAAUGUUGUGGCCCUGGACUUUGAUAGAAUAGAGAAAAGGCUGUACUGGAUUGAUACACAGAAACGAAUCAUUGAGAGGAUGUUUUUUAAUAUGACAAACCGGGAGACGAUCAUAAAUCACAGAUUACCACGUGCCGAGGGUCUGGCUGUAGACUGGGUCAGCAGAAAACUCUAUUGGUUGGAUGCCUUCCUGGAUUGCCUGUUUGUCUCUGACCUUGAAGGUCGACACCGCAGAAUGCUGGCCCAGCACUGUGUGGAUGCCAACAAUACCUUCUGCUUUGAAAACCCUAGGGGGAUUGUCCUUCAUCCUAAAAAUGGGCAUGUCUACUGGACAGAUUGGGGUAGUCGAGCGUACAUUGGGAGAAUUGGCAUGGAUGGAACCAAUAAGUCUGUGAUUAUCUCCACCAAGAUAGAAUGGCCCAAUGCCAUCACCAUUGAUUACACCAAUGAUCACCUGUACUGGGCAGAUGCUCACCUGGGCUACAUCGAAUUCUCUGAUUUGGAGGGUCACCAUCGGCAUACAGUGUAUGAUGGAACGCUGCCUCACCCCUUUGCUAUGACCAUUUUUGAAGACACCGUGUUUUGGACAGAUUGGAACACAAGGACCAUCGAAAAGGGAAACAAAUAUGACGGGUCGGGCAGGGUAGUGCUGGUGAAUACAACGCACAAGCCCUAUGACAUCCACGUGUACCAUCCAUACAGGCAGCCGAUCGUGAGCAAUCCCUGUGGUACCAACAAUGGUGGCUGUUCUCAUCUGUGCCUCAUCAAAGCAGGAGGGAGAGGAUUCACCUGCGAGUGUCCUGACGACUUCCAGACUGUUGAGCUGAGGGGCACUACACUCUGUAUGCCCAUGUGCUCCAGCACACAGUUCCUGUGUGGCAACAAUGAAAAGUGUAUCCCUAUAUGGUGGAAAUGUGAUGGGCAGAAAGACUGCGCCGAUGGUUCCGAUGAAUCAGACCUGUGCCCACACCGCUUCUGCCAUCUGGGACAGUUCCAAUGCCGGGAUGGAAACUGUACAAGCCCCCAGACCUUGUGCAAUGCCCGCCAGGAUUGUGCUGAUGGGUCUGAUGAAGACCACGUUCUCUGCGAGCAUCACCGGUGUGAGUCCAAUGAAUGGCAGUGUGCCAACAAGCGAUGCAUCCCAGAGGCCUGGCAGUGCGACUCGGUGGAUGACUGCCUGGAUAACUCAGACGAAGACAGUUCCCACUGCGCCAGCAGGACCUGCAACCCUGGCCAGUUCAGGUGUCACAAUGGCCGCUGUAUCCCGCAGAGUUGGAAGUGUGACGUGGACAAUGAUUGCGGAGACUUUUCUGAUGAGCCCAUCCACGAAUGCAUGAGUGCUGCUUACAACUGUGACAACCACACGGAAUUCAGCUGCAAAACUAACUACCGCUGCAUCCCACAGUGGGCGGUGUGCAAUGGCGUUGAUGACUGCAGGGACAACAGUGACGAGCAAGGCUGUGAUGCGGUGCCCUGUGAUCCCACGGGGGAUUUUCGCUGUAGAAAUCACCAGUGCAUCCCUCUCCGCUGGAAGUGUGAUGGCAUUGACCACUGUGGAGAUAACUCCGAUGAGGAAAACUGUGUUCCUCGGGAGUGCACAGAGAGUGAGUUCCGAUGUGCCAAUCAGGAGUGCAUCCCCUCUCGAUGGGUCUGUGACCAAGAAAAUGACUGUGGAGACAACUCGGAUGAACGGGACUGUGAGAUGAAGACCUGCCACCCUGAACAUUUUCAGUGUAUGAGUGGACACUGUGUGCCCAAGGCACUGGCAUGUGAUGGGAGAGCAGACUGCCUAGACGCUUCUGAUGAAUCCAGUUGUCCUACUCGCUUUCCCAAUGGUACUUACUGUCCAGCUGCCAUGUUUGAAUGUAAAAACCACGUGUGUAUCCAGUCAUUUUGGAUAUGUGAUGGAGAAAAUGACUGUGUCGAUGGCUCUGAUGAGGAGAUUCACCUAUGCUUCAAUGUCCCGUGUGAAUCGCCGCAUCGUUUCCGGUGUGACAACAGCCGCUGUAUUUAUGGCCACCAGCUGUGCAAUGGUGUGGAUGACUGCGGAGAUGGGACGGAUGAGAAGGAAGAGCACUGUAGGAAACCAACCCAUAAACCUUGCACUGACACUGAAUAUAAGUGCAGAAAUGGAAACUGCAUUUCACAGCACUACGUGUGUGAUAAUGUUGAUGACUGUGGUGACCUUUCUGACGAAACUGGUUGCAAUCUAGGAGAGAACAGAACGUGUGCUGAAAAUAUAUGUGAACAGAACUGUACCCAGUUAAGCAAUGGGGGAUUUAUCUGCUCCUGUCGACCUGGCUUCAAAACUAGUACUUUGGACAAAAAUUCCUGUCAAGACAUUGAUGAAUGUGAACAGUUUGGCAUCUGCCCCCAGGGCUGUCGAAACAGCAAAGGAAGUUAUGAGUGUUUCUGUGCUGAAGGCUUCAAGUCUAUGAGUACCCAUUAUGGAGAACAGUGUGCGGCUGGUGGAAGCCCUCCUCUGUUGCUGCUGCCCGAGAAUGUCCGAAUCCGGAAGUACAACACCUCGUCGGAGAAGUUCUCAGAGUACCUGGAAGAGCAGGAGCAUAUUCAAACUAUUGACUAUGACUGGGAUCCGGAGGGCAUGGGCCUCAGUGUUGUGUAUUACACGGUGCUGGGACAGGGCUCUGAAUUUGGUGCUAUCAAACGUGCCUACAUUCCUGACUUUGAAUCCGGUAGCAAUAAUCCCAUACGUGAAGUUGACCUGGGCCUGAAAUACGUAAUGCAGCCGGAUGGAUUAGCAGUGGACUGGGUUGGAAGGCAUAUUUACUGGUCAGAUGCGAAGAGCCAACGGAUUGAGGUGGCUACACUUGAUGGAAGGUAUCGGAAGUGGCUGAUUACCACCCAAUUGGAUCAGCCAGCUGCUAUUGUUGUGAAUCCUAAGCUAGGGCUUAUGUUCUGGACUGACCAGGGAAAACAGCCUAAAAUUGAGUCGGCCUGGAUGAAUGGGGAACAUCGCAGUGUUCUGGUGUCUGAGGACCUCGGCUGGCCAAAUGGCCUUUCCAUAGAUUAUCUGAAUGAUGACCGAAUCUAUUGGAGUGACUCCAAAGAGGACGUUAUUGAAAGCAUAAAAUAUGAUGGGACUGACAGGAGACUCAUCAUAAAUGAAGCAAUGAAGCCAUUCAGUCUGGACAUCUUUGAAGACCAGCUAUACUGGGUAGCUAAGGAAAAGGGAGAAGUGUGGAAACAAAACAAGUUUGGAAAAGGAAACAAAGAGAAAGUCCUGGUGGUGAACCCUUGGCUCACUCAAGUUCGAAUCUUUCACCAACUGAGAUACAAUAAGUCAGUGUCCAACCCUUGCAAGCAGGUCUGUAGCCACCUCUGCCUGCUGAGACCUGGAGGAUACAGCUGCGCCUGUCCUCAAGGCUCCACCUUCUUAAUGGGAAGCACUGUCCAGUGUGAUGCGGCCAGCGAACUCCCCGUCACCCUGCCUCCCCCAUGCAGGUGCCUGCAUGGAGGAAAUUGCUAUUUUGAUGAGAAUGACCUUCCCAAGUGCAAGUGUUCUAGUGGCUACAACGGAGAAUACUGUGAGGUUGGGCUCUCGAGAGGCAUCCCUCCAGGGACAACAAUGGCUGUGCUGUUGACAUUCCUGAUGGUCGUCAUUGUUGGAGCUCUGCUCCUCGUUGGGUUUUUCCACUACAGGAAAACUGGUUCCCUUUUGCCCACUCUGCCCAAGCUGCCAAGCUUAAGCAGCCUUGCCAAACCCUCUGAAAAUGGAAACGGGGUGACUUUCAGGUCAGGGGCUGAUGUUAACAUGGACAUCGGUGUGUCUCCUUUUGGCCCUGAGACGGUCAUCGACAGAUCCAUGGCAAUGAAUGAGCACUUCGUCAUGGAGGUGGGCAAGCAGCCUGUGAUAUUUGAGAACCCAAUGUAUGCAGCCAAGGACUCUACUUCCAAAGUGGCCCUGGCAGCUCAGGGGGUGUCAACAUGUUCACAGGUGACUGUAUCAGAAAAUGUGGAAAACCGGAAUUACGGAAGUCCCAUAGAUCCUUCUGAGUUGGCUCCAGAGUCAAAGCCAGCCUCCCCCGGAGCUGAUGAAGUUCAGGGUUCAAAAUGGAGCAUCUUCAAAAGAAAACCCAAACAGACCACAAACUUUGAAAAUCCAAUCUAUGCUGAGAUGGACAGUGAGCAAAAGGAAGGUGUGGCCGUGGCCCCCCCUCCAUCUCCUUCUCUCCCUGCUAAAAGUUCAAAAAGAAAUUUGACUCCAGGCUACAGUGCCACAGAAGACACCUUUAAAGACACAGCUAAUCUUGUUAAAGAAGACUCUGACGUAUAGCCCUGCCAUCUCUCUAGGGAAUGAUUUGACACUCACUUUUGCACAUGUAUUUUUUACAGACAAAUGAAAAAAAAAGUUAACAUUCAAUACUUUAUAAAAAUAUAUAUUUUUCUCUGUUUGCCUAUAGCAGAAAGUGUGUUGUGUGCCUUUUUUACUCAUGCCAUUUCAUAUUUUUUACAAUUAUCACGAGGUACUCUGUAUAUCUUGCACUGAUGCUGACUGGAGGUGAUGCCGUGAAUAUAUUGU